AAAUAAUGGUUAAGCACAUCUAAUAAAAGCAUAUGAUUUUAAAUGCACAUAUUGUGGAGUGCUGCCAAUACUAAUAGAUAUAGAUAUAUAGAUAUAGAUCUCUAUCUAUCUCUAUCCUCUAUCUCUAAAUAUAUAUUCUUAAAUUUGCCUUGCCCUACAUAAUGUACUGUUCCAUCAUAACUUUUUUUUAAGAACAAAUUAUGUGUGUUAUCCUGAUGGAAUCAAGCUGUUAGAUAACAGAAAUAUUAUAAUCAGACGUUUAGUUGAUGUGGGAUUCUUUAGAAGCAGAAUAGUAUUUACCUUACACCAUAGUUUAGUUUUGUUGUUUCUUUGUAGGGUUUCAUUUUGUUCAGAACAUGCCCGGAGGAAUGCUUUAGCACUCCAAGCUCAGAUGAAGAAGUCCAACCCAGGAACAACUGCUGAGUCUUUAUUAUACCAGCUGAGCUCCUAUACCCGUAGUGAACUGGGUACCCAGACGCAGGAAAAUAAUAGAAGUGAAGCAAGCAGAAUUCUUGAUGAGGACAGUUGGAGUGACAGUGAACAGGAUUCUGUGACUGUGGAUCAGACAUGGCGGGGAGAUCUAGAUAGUGAGGCCGACAGCCUGGAUAGUGACCAAGAGGACCCUCUUAAACACGCAGGAGUAUACACAGCUGAAGAAGUGACACUUAUCAUGAGAGAGAAGCUCAUUAGACUUCAGUCUCUAUACAUUGAUCAGUUUAAGCGCUUGCAGCACUUGUUGAAGGAAAAGAAACGGAACUACUUGCACAGCCUUAAAACUGAGAAUGAAGCAAUUGCGAGAAAUAACAUUUGCUCAAGUGUACCACCAAAUGGAGUUGAAAACAAAUUCUGGAUCAGUAAGUAGACGGAAAUAACUUAU